AUGUCAUCUCAAACAGACCUACUCACCAGUUUUCUCAACUGGUCUAAAGAUAACGGAGCUAAAAUUAAUGAAUCUAUAGAGUUCAAAACGUCGAAAGAUUCAGGAAUCUCUGCUACUAUCAUCAAAGAAAUUCCAUCAGAUGCCAUCUCUAAACCUUUAAUAUCCGUUCCAUCAAAAUUGUUAAUCACCAACGAAUUGGCUCUGAAAGAAUUUAACGUCUCAUCGAAGAAUCUCUCAUCGUUAUUUAAUCCGAAUGCCCUCAUUCAAUUGUAUCUAUGCAAGUUAAAAUUCAAUGCCACAACUGCCAAAAGCGAUUUUUUCAAACCAUAUCUUGACAUUCUACCCCCAAAUGUACCCCAUCCAUACUUUUGGAAUAAGUCACAAUUACAAUUAUUACAAGGUACCGAUACCCUCAUUAAGAUCAAACAAAAUCUUCAAAAUUUAAUCACAGAAUGGUACGAAUUGUUAAAUGUACUUGAAAUCACACCAAUUGAGAAAGAAGGAACUGCAUUUGAUGUAAAUGAUAUAGAUUCAAUCUUCUCGUACAUUAGUGAAAACGUCAAAACAACUUCUCCAAAAUGGAACAGUUUUAUAGCAUACUUAUGGUCUUUUGGAAUUUUCACUUCCAGAGCUUUUCCGGAAAUUCUGAUAAACCCAGAUAAUUGUUCUAAUGUCAAUCAAGCAUUUCUAUACCCAAUUGUAGAUUUAUUAAACCAUAAAAAUGGUACAAGCGUAAAAUGGACUUUUGAAGACGAUCAAGCUCAUUUUUUCACUAAUGAAAAGAAUUUGAAGAAGCAUACAGAAUUGUUUAAUAACUAUGGUGACAAAUCAAAUGAAGAGCUUCUCUUGGGAUAUGGUUUUGUUCAGAGUAACAAUGCUCAUGAUGAUACCAAAUUGACUUUAAAACUUGACCCACAAUUAAUUGAGAGUAUGCCUUCUUUUGGAAUUGUCUUAAAUAAAGAAAACACAGUGGGAACCGAAUGUCUUCAAUUUACACUAUCCUCAAGGAAUCCACUACCAAGGAAUCUUUUGAAAUUAUUCGGUUUUUUAAGUAAAUUGAAAUCAGAAACCUCUUUGAAUUAUAGAAACAUUCUUGAGGGUAGUGAUGAAUUAUCCUCUAUUCUAGAUGCCAAAAUUCAAUUUUUCAAAAGAGCCUCCAAGAUUGAUGCCUCUACGUUAGAACCAUCAUCCAACAAUACCGUUGUUAUAAAGAUACUCAAGGAUUUUUUCGCUGGUCAGAGAAGAAUAUACAUAUCUAGUUUAGAAGAGCUUCAGAAAUUUCAGAAAACUACUCUCAAAAAUAUUAAUGAGAACAUGGCUUUUUCUUUCAAGACCGCAUUCAAAAAUGAUAAAACCUUUACAAACAGUUUAUUACUGUCCUUAGGUAUCACUAAAUAUGAGGAUUUGAUAGCUAAAAAUUGUUUAAACCAGGCAUUGCUUUUAUGGAUCGUACGAGUUGUAAACAUGAAUUCUUUGAAACGUCCAUUGGACUAUCAAAUUCCUUCUUUCAUAAACGAAAUGUUUCAUGAAGUCAAUUCAUCAAUUAUUGUAAACAAGGAGGACGUAUUGGAGUAUAUGGAUUUUUACAAAGGUCUCUUCCCAAAUUUAAGUGAGAAAAUCCCAGAAGUAUUUGCUCAAGGUAAUUGGGGUAUCAAACAAUUUAUCAUUGCGGAUACUGUUGUAGACAGAUUAGUCUGGGUCAGGAAAUCCAACAAUGAACCCAUUUUUAUCGAUAAAAAGCGUUUUGAUUUAUAA